AUGUUAAAUCAUAUUUGUUAAAUAAUCGUUAAAAACAAGAAAAGAAGAAAAAAAUGAAGCAGAGUACUGAAGUAAAUAAUGGAAUUGGUUCUGUCGAUGGAAAUGGUGAUGUGAAUUUAAUGAAUGGUCACGAUUCCAAAAUGGAACAGGAGUUGUAUGUGAGAAAUAAUUUAGUAAAGGCGAACAAUGAUUUUGAGGAUAAACCGGUGUAUGGACUGUGCGGAUUUAAAGUCAAAAUUUUUCAACGUUUCUUAUCGGCCAAAUGGGCUCUAUUCUGGUUGUGCUGGGCCGGUGCUCUUCAAGGUCUAGUCGUGAAUGGAUGCAUCAACGUUGUCAUCACCACCAUCGAAAAACGGUUCGGACUGCGUUCAUCCCAAACGGGUCUAGUUGCCAGUGGUUAUGACAUAGCGUCAUUUGCGUGCUUAGUACCAGUCACAUACUUUGGUGGUCGAAUAAAUGCAUCGAAACCGCGAUGGAUUGGUUGGGGUGUUAUUUUAAUGGGUUUGGGAUCGUUAACGUUUGCACUGCCGCAUUUCUUGGUCGGACCAUAUAGAGCGUCUGGUGCUGCGAGUAAUGUUUGUUUCAACAAUAGUACGAUUAAGGAAUGUUCAUCGGAUCCAUUACAACCAGAUGCGGAAAAUCUUUCGUGGAACGUUUGGUUAUUCUUUCUGGCACAGUUGUUACAUGGCGCUGGGGCUUCGCCGUUGUUCACCCUCGGUGUUACCUACAUCGACGAAAAUGUAUCCAAGAAAAUGUCUUCGGUAUAUUUGGGUAUAUACUACACCAUGGCUAUAAUUGGACCAGCUGUUGGAUACGUUAUUGCCGGUCAAUUGCUACUAAUUUACACCGACUUUUUGGUUGUUGAUCCGUUAGCUCUUGGAUUGACUCCACAGAGCAAGGUCUGGGUUGGAGCUUGGUGGAUUGGUUUCAUUUUCGUUGCCGUGCUGUGCGUUUUACUGGCCAUUCCCAUUUUAGCUUAUCCACGAUCUUUGCCGGGCUCAUUUGAACUGCAACAGGACAAAGUAUCUGAAGCGCAUGAUGGAAGUGAUGCUGCGAAAAAGUAUUCACGCUUGAAAGACAUACCAGAAGCGCUGUGGACGCUGCUGAAAAAUCCUACAUUUGCAUUUCUUAAUCUAGCUGGUGCGUCUGAAGGCCUAAUUAUAGCGGGAUUUUGCGCCUUCCUUCCAAAAGUUAUCGAAAAUCAAUUCAGUGUAACUGCUGUCUGGUCAGCCAUGUUAAUGGGUUUGAUAACGGUGCCAGCUGGUGGUGGAGGAACAUUUUUGGGUGGCUAUUUGGUCAAGAAAUUUAACCUGACGUGCUCUGGAAUCAUAAAACUUUGUCUCAUCGCUACCAUCAUUGCCACAUUGUUCACCGUUUGUUUCAUGCUCUCGUGUCCGAACUUAACUUUUGCUGGUGUCACGGCCGCAUAUUUUCCGACCAAAUUGCCAACGCUUAGCACCGAAGCUAGGAAAAUGGACAUGCAAUACGGCUACAGUUUGGACAGUUCAUGCAACAGUAAAUGUUCGUGCAAUCGGAAAAACUACGAUCCAAUCUGUGGUGUUGACGGAAUAAUGUACUACUCACCGUGCCAUGCUGGUUGUUCGAAGGAGCUGAGCAUGGAAAAUUCGAAAGUUUAUUUGGAUUGCGAUUGCAUCGUUGCACCGAAUAGUACACAGGAUCGUGGCUUCGAUGCCAUCAAUACGAUGUGUGAAACUAGUUGCAGUAAUCUCUGGUUGUUCAUUGCGCUCUGUUUCUUUGUCAUGCUAUUCACAUUCCUAGCAACGAUGCCGGCUCUGUCAGCGACGCUGAGAUGUGUGCACGACAAUCAGCGCAGUUUUGCAUUGGGUAUACAAUGGAUCAAGGUGCGAAUAUUAGGCACGAUUCCUGCCCCGAUGAUAUUCGGUACACUAAUUGACAAUACCUGCAUUUUAUGGCAAGAAUCAUGCGAUGAUGCUGGCAACUGUUUGGUGUAUGAUAAUCACUACAUGAGCAAAUAUAUGCUAGCGCUGGCGGUAAUCGGCAAAGCGUGUUCAAUAAUAUUUUUCUUUGGAGCAUGGUGGUGCUAUAAACCACCGAAAGGGAAUAAAUCCAUGGAAAAUGGUGCGGAUCAACAAGUGACUGUAUCACAGAACGGUAACGCUAAUGUGGUAAAUUCAACUGAAAACAAGAGAUUUUAAUGUGAGAUGUGGUUUUUGAAUAAUAAAAUCGGAUGGGCGCUCGGUGAUUAUGUUGCUGGAGGGAUGGGGGAGAUUUUUUUUUAGAUAAUUAAUUGAAUGAGACGGUUUUUUUGCUCGUUAUGUCCAUUAGGAUGACUGCUAUUUUUAAUGUAACUUUUUUUAUGUACCGACAGCAGACUACAUGUCCAUGUUUUAUGCAUAUUUAUGUUUAUGGAGCGUCAGUUAAAGAGGCCAUCUCUAAAUGUAAUUUAUGAUACGAGAUUCAUCGAUCAAUUAGGUUAUAUCAGUAGAAUUAGACGGACCUAAAUUUAAGCUUUAUUAUCACCUGAGGGGAAUGAGUCACAAAACCGGUGAUUGAAAAUGCGUGGAGCGUUGAAGUGUAAUGUUGAAGAAAUAGUUUUUCCUAACCAUCUGGAUUUUUUUGUAUUGCUGGGUUUGGUGACGAAUAAUGGCUUAUCCUUGUAUCACUUGCUUUCACCCAAAAUGAAAAACUACUCAGUUCAGUGUGACUAGUUAAUUGUUUUUUUAUAGCCAUAAUUAUGGUUCGUCAAUGAACCGAAUGCAAGGGAUGAAUAAUCGCCCAAAACCACUUACAGUGGAGGUCAGAGCCGGAUUAACCCAUGGGCAAAGUGGGCCCGGCCCAGGGCGCUGGAAAAAUGGGGGCGCUUAGAAAUUAAAUUUUCUCGACAAUGUAAUCAUUUCACGUUCAACAUAAGUCAUGCACAAAUCAACGUCGAUUAAAAAAAAUUCGCGCUCGCUUCGCUUGCGUCUGUACAUUACAUUCUUGGGGUAAAUGUGAGCUACAAGAAAUGCAUAUAUACAUCUAACUUGAUAUUUUUGAAUAAUACACGCACAUCGACUAACCCAAGGCUGUUCGUAUUUGGUUAUUUAAAGCGUUUUUAUGAUGGUCCUGCUUUAGAAAAGUUGAACUUUGAGGCUUCUGGCUGAAGACACUAUAAAUAAUUUUCAAUAACCAUUCCAUUGCUUCAUUUUCGUCAGCCGCCGGUGAUAGUCGGAUGAUGGAAAGCUUUUUGCUCAUGAGGAAUUUUCGAAAAUUUUGUAAAUUCCUCAUGAGCUGAAACCUGCUCAUGAUCGCCGGACAACGGGAGUUUGGAACAAAUAAAGCAGCUGGAAAAGCUGCCGAACAAAUCCGUUUCCGCCCAUUGAAAAUUGUUCAUGGCAUAUAUUCGCGAUUUUUUUUGUCGAAAUCCAAGGCCAAUUACUUAAAUUUCAAGUGAAGACAAAGGAUCAUUCUAGAGUGCCCUAAACUUCAAUACUUUUGGGAUCCCGAGUCCUAGAUCCUUGAAAUUGCUUCAACGCAAGUCGUUUUUUCCGAAUCAUGACCUUACCCAACGCACUGCUCCUAGCAUGAACAUAAGAAAUAUUUGGAGGCUGAUGAAGUCACAGUAGGCACUGCGUUUCU